AUGGCCGCUGUGGCGUCCUCAUCUGCGUGCGUGGCCACUAAGGUCGUUGCCUCGUCCAGGCUGCAGACUCUCAGUUCCUUCAACACGAAUGCUAGCACUUACGGUCUCGUGCCUUCCACCACACGCUCCCUUAAGGCAGUUGGCCGCCGUGCCGUGCAACCGGUUGCUGCGCUGAAGUGGGUUCUGGAGCCCAUUGGCGAUGGAGACACUGCCCACCUUGAGCAGGAGAUUGCGAAGCCUGGACCCAUUGACGUUGCCGGAGAUGCUGUGGUGAUCGGUCGGAUGGCCGAGCGAGCUGAUGUUGUCAUUCCUGUUCCCACAGUGUCUGGCGUUCAUGCACGCCUGGAGAACCGCGGGGACGUCCUUGUGGUCACGGACCUCGACAGCACCAACGGAACGUUCGUUGACAAUGCGCCGCUGAAGCCCGGAAACACCGCGUCCUUGGCAGUUGGAAGCGUCGUUAUCUUUGGCGACCAGCACCUCGCGCAAUUCAAGGUCACACAAGUGGACGUCCCUGAGCCAGAGGCUGCAGCUUAA